GUGGAAAUAGGACAAAUAGUUUAAUAUUGCGGUAUAGAAUCAUCCACCACCACCUCUCUCACAAGAUAUGAGAGGCAGCCACCACAUCACAAUCCAUUCUGGUCAGCUGCCGGCAUUCCGCUCCUCAGAAUAGCUUCUUCCUCCUCCUCUUCUUCUUCUGUGAAGCUUUGCAUGGAUACUCCCCGGUGGCGUCCUCAGGCCGAAGGGCUGGUCGAUCCCCUGCUGCAGGACUUUGCUUUCUCCACCGACAAAGGCGACACCUGCACCACUACCAGGCCGCAGGCGGCGGAGAGGAGGCCAAGGCCACACAAGGAGCAGGCCCUCGGCUGCCCCCGGUGCAACUCCACCAACACCAAGUUCUGCUACUACAACAACUACAGCCUCGCCCAGCCCCGCUACUACUGCAGGACUUGCCGGAGGUAUUGGACCGACGGUGGGUCUCUGAGGAAUGUCCCUGUGGGCGGCGUCUCCAGAAAGAACAAGAGAUCCUCUCUCUUCACCACUGCCGCCGCCGCCAACUCUUCCUCCUCUGCCUCGACGACAGCCGCGUUAGCUACUGUCUCGACUUCCAAGAAGUUGCAUGCUGACCGCGUCCCUCCAUCCAUCUCGCUCUCCACCAGCUCCGAAGCUCCAAAGUUCCACGAGGGACACGACCGCAACCUGGCGUUCCGCCAACAUGGCCUCCCCGAGCACAGUGACUUCCCCGCCUUAGAAAGCAGCAGUGGUCGUGCCGCUGUCGGUGCCCUCUCUGCCAUCGAGUUACUGUUGGUGCCCAAUGCAAGAGGCAUCGGGCCGUUCAUGCCGAUGCCGAUGCCAUUAUCGGAUUACUCGACUGGAUUUGGACUCAAAGAAUUCAGGCCACCUACCCUUAGUUUUCCUUAUGGAAUCAGUGGAGGCAGUAGUGGCGGGUAUGAGCGCUUGCGGGGUGUGCAGCAGAGUGAUGAUGGUAAGCUGCUGUUACCUUUCGAGGACUUAAAGCCAGUAGUCGAUUCAAACAAUGUUGCAGAUAGGGGGAAAGCCGCCGGGUAUCCUCCCAGGUUCUGGAAUGGCAACAUCGGCGGAGGAGGAGGCUCAUGGUAGAACAAAAAGUGAGAGAGAAAACCCUUCCGAGUGUACUCUAACAAGAGAAUGUGUUUGCAUACCCAUUUCAAUUCCCGAUGGAGGCACACAUGCAGGAAGGAUCACAUGAUGCAUUGGUUCCUUAUCCUUUUACUGUGGCUAUAUGAAGCCUCAUUUUGUGUGGGCUUCAAAAGGUUGUCUUGCAGGUUAAACAUCAAUAGAGGAAGAAGGAAAGAAGCAUGUGAUGCGCACCGUAUGAAUAGAAGAGAAGGGAGAAAGGAAAGAGCUGUGGAUUGCUUGUUUACAUCAGGAACACAAGGAAUUGGAUGUUUGCAUUCAUGACUCACUUCAAGUAUAUGCUUUUUGUUCUCC